GCUCCCGCCCCGCCCCGUUCCAUUUAAUUGUUCGGUUGUCCGCGCUGCAGCCCGACCCGGCGGCCAGCAGGGGGCAGCAUUCGAGCCUGCUUUUCCCCUCAGGCCUCUCCGGAGCGGGUAGGGAGGGCGGACGCGAGGCCGCGGUUCCGUCCGCCGCUGCGCUUCUUCCGGUCGAGGCUCGCUGGGGAGACCGCGGCUGCCGCUGCGGUGCGCCCUGACGUACGUCGGCGUCCCCGCCUCCUGCGUCCGUCACCAGUGACGAGCCGGCUACGUCAGUCCCGGCCCCGCGAAUAAAAAAAAAGGUGGAGAAGGAGCAAAGAACUGAUUGCAAAUGUCUUAACAAUGAGCAAACGUGGCAGAAAAAAGUAUGUUCAGACAAAUAUAAGACAAAUGGCCAUGGCAACUGUGGGCUCCCAGCCAGCUAGAUGUGUAACGGAUUCUGUGGUGGAGAGCAGAUCUGCUCAUCUGCAGACUCGGGCUGGGCGAACCGCAGUCCCUGCUGUAGCUCAGGUAGCAACAAUUACAGAGACAGAUGAGUCUGCAGAUUCUGAAGGUGUAAUUGAUUCUCAUAAGCAUAGAGAAAUCCUUUCACAAAGACCCUCUUAUAGAAGAAUACUGAAUGAACUUUCCUCUGAUGUGCCUGGUGUUCCCAAGAUUGGAGAAGAGAAGUCAGAGGAAGGAGGAAGUCCCCCUGGCAUCACCACCAUGGCAGUGCCAACUAGCAUAUAUCAGACUAGCACGGGGCAAUACAUUGCUAUAGCCCAAGGUGGAGCAGUCCAGCUUUCUAACCCGGGAUCUGAAGGUGUUCAGGGGCUGCAGGCGUUAACAAUGACAAACUCAGGAGCCCCUCCUCCAAGUGCGGCACUUGUGCACUACGCAGCGCAGGCAGCUGAUGGCAAGCAACAAUUCUUUGUCCCAGGCAGCCAGGUUGUUGUUCAAGAUGAGGAAACUGAACUUGACCCAAGUCACAUGGCUGUGGCCACAGGUGACAUGCCAGCUUACCAGAUCAGGGCUCCUGCUACUGCUUUGCCCCAGGGCGUGGUGAUGGCUGCCUCACCGGGAAGCUUGCACGGUCCCCAGCAACUGGCAGAAGAAGCCACUCGAAAACGAGAGCUGAGGCUGAUGAAAAACAGAGAAGUAAGAUGAGGCAAGAAGACGUGGAAGAAAAACAAAGCAAACAAAAACAAACCGAAAGGAAAGCCCCAGGUGAAGGAGAACAGGGCUUCUCAGUGUGGCGGCACCAUAAAUAGUUGAGGGGUGGACAGGAAGAGGGAGACGUGAGGAUCAGCAGACAAGAUGUAAAACGCAAGAGGCAGUGAAUGUGGGAAUCAGAGAGAGACGUAGGCAGGGAUGAAAUAAAAACCUGGAGUUGGAGGCUGAUUUGGAAGUGGGCCCUGGAGGGCGGAUGGUGACGUCCUGGAAGAGAGCGUCCAGGCAGGGAUGCAGGGAUGCAGGGAUGCAGGGAUGCAGCCCCUGGGACCCUGAGGGAGGUGGAGUCUCACUUAGAGAGAGAGACAGCCUUUACGUCCCCUGCCAAAAAGGGUGGGGAUUUAUCUAAUCCUUCGGGCCCCCGGUGAACAGAAGUACCCCUUCCCGACCCAGAAGUUUAAUAGAGAAGGAAAUGUGUUUACCGCACAAAGAAAUCCAGAGGUCAGAGGCCCCAGGGUUCCUCAAUUCAGUGACUUAACAACAGCACCACAACAGGAGUCUUCCUACCCACUCUGCUCUAUCUGUUCGUUGGCCUCCGAUCCAGAGUAACCCCUUCCCUUUUUUGAUUGUUUUAGAGCAAGGAAAGCUGGCCUGGAAGCUCCUCAGCAGCACAUUCCCUCUGAGUCUCCCAGUUAGAUUUUCAUGAUAACUUUGUUUUUUAACCGAUCACUGACAAGGAGGGUGGAAUUAAAAGGAAUUAAAAGUGAAUAUUCAACCCCCCGGGCCGCUGGAGGUUCCAGCUUUGGGGGAAGCAUGUGGUCAUCUGUGUUAAAUAAUAAAAGCAGGGUUCAAGAAGAUGACGUGGAGGGUGACUGACAGUGUCCACCCAAGGAGGCGAGUGAGGAAGUUGGAAAGCUCGGGGAGUGGUGGCACUUGGUCCAGCCAAGCUCCUACAGACGUGCCGGACUCAUGCUUGGUCAUCUGACUUGUUCCUGAAACAAAACCCUCUCUGCCCAGACAGUGUGAUCCGUGACUCGAUGGCUCUCCAUCUAGCUUUACAGCAGGGACUGCUGUCAGCCCCUCAUGGAACAGAGCGGGCAGCAAGUGGGAAGCUGUCCGUGAAUACCGUCACCCUGUAUCUCAGGCUGCACAGAUUCCAGAGCUGGCACUGCAUUUGCCUGUGUCUCUAAUCCUGAAAGUGUCUGAGCCUAGACUGUGAGAUACAGAAGUUCCUGGUCCUGCCUGGGAUCACAGCAGUUGUUUUCACAUUUAACUAGAUGCUUCACAACAGCGUGGCGCACAAUGGGAGAAUGCAGGAAGUGCAUCCUCACUGCUUUCUAAAUGCAUCCCAGCGCUCUGCUCCCCCAGACCGAGAACACGGAGCCGCAACAGCACUCUUGGGUGGAUGGCAGCUGUCUGAGUCUCCCUCGUACACUCUUGUGUUAUCUCUGAUGGCCUGAAAGUGUAUCUUUUGAAGACACGGUGGCUUGUGAUGCCAACAUGCUUUUGCUAGUAUACACCGCAAAUAAUUCACCAGGUUGACACGUGUGAGGCAGCAGAGCUGGUGCCGGCUAGCCAGCCAAAAUGCAACGACCUUUAAGAAACGCAAAUGUGCUCCCUUUUUUCUAAGGUUGCCCUGAAAGACAUGGACAGAGGUGAUUCCGAAUGACGAGCACAGCGUAUUUUAAUCUUCCUGUUUCAUGAGUAACUUUUUUCUGUAUAGCCCAAUUUCUUCUACAUGCAUUUCACAUUUAUACACCGUAGAUUUAAAUUUUUAUUUGUGUGAUGCCAAGGGUUGAACCCAGGGUCUCCCACAUGCUGGACAAGUGCCCCAUCACUGAGUUAUACUCUCAGCCCCACGUCCAGAGCAUUUUUAUGACAGUGUUGUUUAUUCAGAGAUCAGUUUGGCCAUGAAGUACUAUGUGGUAGUUGCUUGUAAUGAGAUUUUUUUCAGGGCCAUGCUUUUCACACACACUCAGUUCUAUCAGGGACAGAAAAUGAUAAAAGAGAAAGCUAACCUUGUGCUUUGUUAUACUGGACUGUACUUGCUAAAAAAAAAAAAAGAGUCUUUGUUAUUUCUAAGUCAAUCUUAAUUUUCAAGAAGAGGCUGAGUAUUUUUCCAGGUUUUUUCCUUUAUUAAAAGAUAUUUUUCCAGUGGUCCCCUCUCACCCUGUAGAGUUUACUGCUUUUCCUACUUUUAAUUGGCCCUCACUCACUCUGUAGAGCAUGUUCUUUUCCUAUCUUUAAUAAAUGAAAAACCUCACUACCUUCUCUUUAAAAAGGACAUUCUAAAAAACCACAAUGAAAGGUUUAGUACCAUGGGUUAGUGGCCUCUGCGCAGGACACACACCCACACAUCUGUGUGCACUUUCUUUUCCUCCCCUCCCCCCAAUUGCUGGGUGACAAUGGGUCAGCAAGGUGAGGGGCAGGACUCAGGUGAAACCCUGCUCCAGAUCUUCCAUAGGAGUCCCUUGGUUCCUUUGUACAGAGCCAGUCAAACCCUGAGGAAUCCAAGCCUGAAAGAUCCCUUCUCCCUCUGUUGCUGUUUUCAGGUAGUUUCUGCUCCCAUCCACUCCCUCAGCAGCCAUGCAGCUUCCUGUUGACUUCACAGUACCUUCCUGGCUUUCCUCAGCUGUGUUUGAGUUGUAGGAUGCUGUAGCCAUACCAUCUGUAACCCAAACCCCCAGUGGAGGAGAAACAGUCCAUGGCAUGGCAGGCAGGAACCUAUGAACCUUCCUUCUUUCCCUUUUUAUUUCAUACAGGCUACAAGCCUACUGGUUGGUGCCACCCAGGCCUUCCCUCUUCAGUAAGUUCAUCAUGCUCACUCAGAACUAUCAGUGGACUGAUCCAGUAACACACACCCAUGAUCCAGUCACUCCCAAAACCCCACCUGUAAGCACAUGAAUCUUUGGGAUAGACAUCUAGAUAUAAGCCAUAACAGUGGCUCAUGCCUGUAAUCCCAGCACUCUGGGAGGUUGAGGCAGGAGGACCAUAAGUUCAAACCCAACCUGAGCAACUUGUGACUUAGCAAGACCCUAUCUCUAAAUAAAAAGAAGGGGUGGGGAGAAAAGAAGGUCUUUGCAAAGGCUGUGGAAUCAAUCUCCAGCACUGCAAAAAAAACCAAAACAGUGCGAAGAAGUCUUACAGGCAUAAUUUACUCCUCUAAUGUUAUAGACAAGGAAACCAAGUUUCAGACUGACUUAAAUAUUGACAGCUAUGAAGAUGAUGGAGAAACUAGAAGUACUCAGAUCUCUUAACUACGGUAGUAAUCUUUGUAUUACUGUAAUGCCUCUCUUUUUCUAUGGACUGGAUUUUCAACCAGCUUUGGUGAAGCAUAGCUUUCUGAGAAAAUGUUUAUCCUGUGGUCUGAAUAGAUGGCUGUCCUGGAAGGAAAACUCUGUCAUUUGGUACACAAAACUCCAGCUGGUCUCUCAAUCGGAGGACACAAGAACUCUGCCGGAUCCAUCACAGCCACACUACGAAGGAUGCUUGGCAUAUGGUACAAUAGUUUUCUAGGACACACACCUUGUAACAAAGUUUAUGGUAGGUCUUGCCUUUAGUGGUCCGUGAGCACUGCAGAGGAGACAUCGAAGACGGUCGUCAGGCUUGAUUUAGAAUGGAUAUUUUAAUUCUUAUCUUUUGAAACACAGUAACUGCUGAUAGACUUUGAAGGGUCAGUGACCCAGUAGGCCCUAGUAUUUUUGGCCUCAGGGACUGGUUUUGUGGAAGACAAGUUUUUCUGCAGGUGGGGAUGGAUUUUUAUUGGCAUAUGUUUGUGAUACAUACUAUUGCACUCCCCAGUGCUAGCAUCACUACCUCAGCUCCGCCUCAGGUCAGCAAGCAUGAGAUUCUCAUAAGGAGCCCACAUCCCCUGUCCUGCAAACUUGCAGUUCACAGAAGGGUUCAAGCUCCUGGGAGGAUCCAGUGCCUCUGGUGAUCUGGCCAGAUACAGAGCUUGGGUGGUGAUUUCAGCUACCGGGAGCAGCUGUAAACACAGAGGAAGCCCCACGGCUUACCCACCCCUCACCUCCUGUUGUGCUGCCUGCUUCCUGACAGGCGGCCUCCCCAGUGACCCAUAGCAAGAGACUCAAUAAAAACAGCAGAGGGUAGCACUAGUGUGUCCACGUGUUUAUUGUCUCACAUUCCACAUAUCUAGAACUUUGCUUUAGGAGGUCUGGGUGUUUGUAUUUGUAACACAUUUCAUGCAUAUUUCUGAAGCACUGUAAUGUUAGUGGACAUGAACUGUAUGACCCAGGGCAGGGCUUUUCCUGGUUUUGCCCUAAGCCACAAAGACUCCUAAAUGGUUGCACCCAUCCAGGACUUGGUGAGCACCUAGGCCUGCACUUAACAUCAGAGCUACUGCUUCCCUGUGUGUUGCUUCUGUCACCCCUUGUCUUCCUGGAAUCAUUUGUUCAUGAACACUGCAAAACUGACAGAUGGCUUUUCUGCUCUGCCAUGGACUCUCCAAGUGUACACCAGAACCCCAGGGAGUAAGAACAGUCUUCCCUGGUCUAGUCAAUGAAUUACAUUCGUAGUAACCCCAGAGAGUCUUAGAUAAAGUGGAAUGGGGAAGAGAAUAAUUGGACAAGGUUUUUAGAAGGGGGUUGGUUUUUUGAGACAGGCUCUCACUAUAUAGUCAGGCUGGGCUUGAACUCAUUAUGUAGCCCAGGCUGGCUUCAAAGUCACAGAGAUCCUCCUGCCUCAGCCACCCAAGCUCUGAGACUACAGGUGUGCAAGCUCAUGCCCAGCUAUCUGACAAAAUUUGACAAGAAAGUACAACCUUGGCUACUCAUGUCUGCCUCACUGGACAUGGGGCGGAGGCUCAUGUGAGGUUGGUGACAAGCUGAUCCCCCGUGGAGGUGCAUGCCUGUAAUCACAGCACUUGGGAGGCUGAGGCAGGAGGAUCACCAUGAGUUGGAGGCCAGCCUGGGCUACAUAGUGAGUUCAAGGGCUGCCUGAAAUACAUACCAAGACCCUUUCUAAAAAAAAAAAAAAAAAAAAAAA